AUGCUAACACCAGCAGAGCAGGAAGCUUUGGGUCUAAAGAAUGUAUCAUCAACUACCAAGACUACAGAAUUCAUUCCUCUUGAUGAACAUAACAACCAGGACAACUUUGAUAAUAUUAAUGAGACUACUGCAUCAUACAGUGAUGCAGACUCAGCACCUGAAGAAAAAGUAUUCUCAGAACCUUCUGAAAUAAAAAUAAAACAUAAAAAUAAUACAAAACAAAACACUAAACACCCAAACAAUUGUAGUUUCAACUGUGAUAUACUAGCAGUACAGGAACAACGAAAGAUACAAAUUAAAGAGGACUAUUUAAAUUUUAAAAAGGAUUAUUUAAGACAAAAAUUAGCUCUGUUGAAGGAACAGACAGAAGCAUUAAAAAGUAUUGCUAAAGAAAUUUCACUUGUGACAGUAACAACACAAUUUGAUAUCCAGGAAGAAACAGAAAAAGAGGUAAAAGAUGAUAAUGAUGUCAAUGAUGUUCCUAAUGUUGACGACUCAGAGUCAUUGCUCUCCAAUGUUGUGUCAGAUGUCAAUAAAACACUAACUAACUUAUACAACACCGUCACUCUGGCCAAUGUCACCGCAGAAAACACUAAUAAUACUGUUAAUGAAACUCGAAAACUCAUAAGGUGCAAGGAAAUAGUGUAUGACACCAAUGAGGAGGUGGAACCAACAGUGGAAAUUGUCAAUGCCUCACAAUUAAUUAAACUGUUACAUGUGAAUCCAGAAAUAACAAGUCGAGACAUGGAAGCUGACUGUCUACUUGUCUUCUUUUAUGCAAGAGCUUGCCCCUUCAGUGCUAAAGCUGCACCACAUUUCAAUGCACUUGCAAGAGCAUUCCCUGAUGUGAAGAUGGUGGCUCUGGAUGCUUUAAAAUAUGGUGGCACAAAUACUGUUUAUGGAAUAGUAGGUGUGCCUACUCUUAAAGUGUUUCACAAUGGCAGACCUUAUGGAAAAUUCAAUGGCACAGAAUACAAUAUACAGUCUUUCAGUAAAUUUCUGAAUGCUGUAACUGGAAAGCAUGCACAAAGUCAGGUAGUUAUGUCUAAAGAUUUCCAAGGUCCAGUCUCUAGUGUGGUGGAAGUUGAAACUGAUUAUUUUCUAGUCUUAUCAUGGUUAUUUAUUAUUAUUUGUUCUGUUUAUUACUUCAUGCAGUCCAAGUGUUGGACUAUGAUUGUAGAAAUGGUUCAAAAUAACUGGAGAGAAUCUGAGGCUCAACACGAACAUAAUGAUUAG